AUGCCGAUCAACAAGUUUGGACUGUCGCUCGGAGGAGGAAGCGAAUCGCACUAUCAGUGGCGUGGAUUGUUCAGAAAUUACGUGCGCGAUAACGCUCUUUGUCGAGUUGCAACCGAUUUUGACGCAAAGUUGCGUAAGAUUCGACGUUUAGCACUACCAGUGGAUGAUACUGACGCAACAAACAAACGAUACGUGCAGCAGAGUGUUCAAGAUUUAAGAUUCGAGAAGCGAAGAAUGUCUGAGAAACGAUCGUUGGUAGAGGAAUUACAUGCUCCGGCGAGAAGAAAUUUCCCGCGAAGACAUGUCAUAGUACACGGAUACGAUGAUCUGUGGCAAGUGGAUGUAGUCGAGAUGCGUCCGUAUACGCGCUUCAACAGAGGUUACCACUACAUUCUCACUGUCAUCGACGUGCUGAGUAAGUAUGCAUGGACCAUGCCGCUCAAAGCCAAGAGCGGGAACGAGGUAACGCGGGCAAUUGCAAAGAUAAUUCGAGACGACCGAAGAUGUCCGAAAAAUUUACAGACUGACAAAGGAAAAGAAUUUUACAACUCGGAUGUGCAGAAACUCUUGAAGAAGCACAACAUCAAUCAUUAUUCUAUGUAUUCCGUAAUGAAGGCAUCGGUCGUAGAACGAUUCAAUCGUACAUUGAAGAAUGACAUGUGGAAACAGUUUACAUACAACGGAAACUAUAAAUGGAUCGAAAUGCUGCCGCGUCUCGUGUCGGAUUACAACGCGCUGCCCCCCGCCGGCGACAGGGCCUAUCAAGUAUCUGGCAACCUGGGCACGGUGUAUAGUGCGAUAAAGAUCGCGGGUCCUGCAAAAUUCAAAGUGGGCGAUGCGGUACGCGUAAGCAAAUUCAAGACAAUAUUUGAAAAAGGUUUCACACCGAAUUGGACCACGGAGGUAUUUAACAUUAUCAAAGUGCAGCAAACUAAUCCAGUGACGUAUCUACUGGAGGAUUCCCGCGGAGAGCUCAUAGCUGGAGGAUUCUACGAAUACGAACUGCAUCGCGUCGCUAAUCCCGAUGUAUACCUUGUUGAAAAAGUGUUGCGUAAAAGAGGAAACGAUGUUUAUGUGAAAUGGUUGGGACUUGACAAAUCACACAAUUCAUGGAUUCAUAAAGACAAUGUAUUAUAA